AUGAGUAUUAAAUCUCGCUUAGGCGAACGUUUACGUUCAUUUCACUUAAGCAUUCCCGUUGCGAUUGAAAUUAGCCAUAAACCUUACACAAACCCAGAAGACACAAAAACUCACACAAGCAGACCACUGCCUCUGCGUUUACCAGCAAUUAAGACUACAAGAACUAGUAGUAAACUACUAGAAGUAGUGUCACCCACAGACAGUAAUUUGUCAUCACCUAGCCCAGAUUAUCUCCUUAGUCCGCGGUAUAAUAAAAGGUCGAGUUAUCUUCCAUAUAUUUAUGCCCAACUUGGCCAAAAUAUGCCGAGGAGUUACGAAAGCGGCCUUUUCGAUGAUGUAGCUAAAACAUAUAUGCCAAGAAAAGAGUCAUCAAUUAAUUUAUUGAGUGAGAUGGGACAUAGAGGAGAUAGGAAGAAGACAGUUGCUUAA